AAUCCACCAAGUCCCGCCAAACCCACGCGGUCACGCGACAUUUCGUUCAGACCCCGAACAAUCCGCACCGCAACGGUUCUGUCCUCCAGUCUCACACACACACGCACACGCACACGCACACACACACCUGGGAGGGAGGGAGGGAAUGUUCGCCCUCUGAGCUACAUCCAACCAGGAGAUCCUCCCGAGUCGGAACCUCCGGACCGGGACCAGCUGGAACAGGUUGGAUCCGGGAUCCGCUUUUACUCCUGAAACUGUUUUGGAGGUUUUUUUCUGGCCCAGGGGAUCCUGCCGGGGGGUGGAAGUUCUGCUGCUGCAGACGGAUCCAGUCAGGUCCGUCCCGGCCGAGGCAAGGCUCUCAGGGUCCCAGAUUCUCCUCCUCCUCUUCACCCUCAUCCCUUUCAGCUCCAAGGGCUUUACUUGUCUCCAUGGAAACGCUGGCCUCCAUGUGGACUUGUGACCCCAGUGGCCUCUGUGACCUUGAAGAGAAGGGAAACACGUCGUUGCCCUUGUGGGACUCUCCAUGUGUUUUUAACAGCUCGCCUCCUGCUGGUCAGACAUGGACUCCACAGCUCUCGCCUCACCUGCAGAGACACAAACAGCUGCAGGACACGUUGCUGCAGAGGGAGGAGGAGCUCGCCCGGCUGCAGGAGGAGAACAUCAAGCUCAGAGAGUUCCUCAGCUCCUCGUUUGUGAGAAGCCUGCAGCAGAAAGCUAAGAACCUGCCUGCAGAUGGAAGGAAGAACCUGAAGAGAAACCUCACAGAACCUUCUCCGCUCUCCAAACAAAUCAGCAAGAGAGUUUGUAGAAAUCUCACCGCAGAGUUCUGCUCGGAGUCCUCUGAGACAUCUGUCCCCUCGGAACCAAACCUGGAUCUCUGGGUCCUACAAACCCUCGGACUAAAGGACAGAGACACCAUCGAUACGUCCGCUGGAUCGUCACCGGAGAACAACUUCCCAGGCGCCAUCACCUCGUCCUCGUCUUCUGACCAGAUGUUCACCUCCUCUCUGAACUCAUCUCUCGGGUCAUGUCUCGGGUCACCGUUCUCGUCUGUCCCCUUCUCCAGCCAGAGACCAGCAGAUGAGAUGUCAUCCUGUGAUGAUGCUGAUGAUCCUGCCCUGAUGACUCAGAACUGCCCCAGAACUCCAGAGACCUUCACUGCCACUGGACUGUCCAGAAGUUACAAGGCGUCUGAAGCUUUGAUCAGGAGCUACAACCAAUCAUGCAUGAGUCCGGUCCAAACCCAGAAAGCAAACCAUUCAGCUGCAUACUGGACUCUCCCGCCAGAGGCCGGGACACCGUCUUCAGGUCUGAUCAUGAACACACCCUGGACGGGUGCCGGUUCGUCUGCAGGUCCUCCCGAGCCUCGCGGACAGAAAGAUUUGGCCUUCAGGAUGUCUCUGACCCAGUCCAGCUGUGUGAAGACCCACAGCUUCCCCCAGGGACAGGCCUUCGUCAGGAGAGACGGCGGGGGCCGCUGGAACUUCACCUGGGUUCCCAGACAAGAACCGUGAGCCCCCUGAGAGUUUCCCACCGGUUUGGAGGAUGAACACGAGGAGCACGCUUCCUGAUUCUGAAGGUCUGAGGAGGUCCAUGCUGAUGCCGUCUCUGCUUCUUCAGACUUUUAUUGUCACCAAGUGGCAAAAGAACAGAUUCACUCACGCUUUGGGUCACAGGACAGAACUCGCCACAGUGGGUCCAUUUUCAGGUCCUGGGUCUGACCUGGGAUCCCCUCUAACUGGAGGAACAUGUCCAGAGGGUUUGGGUCGGAACCACUUCAGCUGACUCCUUUCCAUUAAACAGCUACACAACAUGACUUCCAUGGAUCCUGGUUUUAGACCAAAUUGGAACAUUUAAAAUUGUUUCAGGUCUGAAUUCCACCUGGAAACCUGGUAGAACCACUUCCUGGUUUGUGAUUCCCUCCUGAAGAGGACGUCGGCUCCUUGCACUAAAACAUUUGAUUCUAUUAAAUUUAGAUGUGUCAUUUUUUAA